AUGGAGGACGUGAGGGAACAAACGUUAUCAACAAGUCCUACAAAUGCUACUAUUCAUCCAAGACUGACUCCAAAUAUACUACAGCCCAAUGAAGUCAAAAUAGAUCCACCUUUAACUUCAAAGAACGAUGUAAUUUAUAAACCUUUAUCUUACCUAUACAACUAUAUUCCAAUUAGACAUGAUAGUAAUGAAGAUACUUUUUCGCAUAAAACUUACGAAAGAGAAAAUGAGUUUUUACUAAAAAAAUAUUAUUCAUUGAGAGUAUCAAGUGUGACUGUUAACAACCCAAAUAUGAGUUCUAAACUGAGUUCAAAUGACACUUCACUCAGACAAAAUAGUGUCACAUCAACAUCAGAUAUAUCAGAUAUAACGAAGGUCGAUAGAAAUGCGCUUCAUGAUAUUAUCAAUUGUUUCUUGUCUACAAGAUCGUCAGAUUUCUUACAAGGUGCUGACAAUCAAGUUGAGAAUUUGUUGAAAGAUGAGAUGAACUGUUUAGUAACUCCUUUGAAAAAAAUUGGAGAUUCUAUAUAUGAAUCCAACUGCAUUUCACCUUACUUCCAGUAUAUUAAAAAAUUUGAAGCAAUAAAUGCUAAGCAAGAAAAUGAUGCAGUAUCAAAACAUACAUUAUGGAUGCCAAUAACAAAAGAUUAUGUAAAUCCAUAUUUAUUACACCCACCAAUGGACAAUAACUUAUAUGCUAAUAAGACCUCACCUUUAUUUAUACAAGGUUUAAACGUAUUCAACAAUACAAUUGACACUUUUAGAGGGAUUACGAAUAUAACUUCUAUUUUCGGUGAACAGAAAUUACCUGCCUUAGUUUAUCAUUCUGCCAGUUCAUGCGGUGAUAAUAUUUAUAUAUUUGGUGGGUUGAUGGCUUGCAACAUGUAUGAUCAAAAUGCUCCAGAUUUGAGCGAUUUUAGAGUAGAUGGUUUGGAAAAUCUACCCCCUCCAUUAAUUCCCAAAAUUGUAAAUAAUCCAGCAAUGAUCAACAAUCCUCAUCUUUAUUGCUUAUCCAAUAUAUCAAAAAGUUUAAAGAGACCCAAAGUAUGUGGCCAAAUCCCACCUCCACUAUGUUGUGCUAAAAUGUCAAACAUUACAGAACGUCAUUUGUUUAUAUAUGGUGGUUUUGAAAUAAAAUCUGACACAGUGUUAGAUAGCAAUGGGAUUUAUCAUAUAAGAAAGAGACUAUAUGCGAAUGAGUUUGGGUAUAUCUUAGAUGUUGAAACGUUUAAAUUUAGCAAAAUUGAAAUCAUAGCACAGUCAUAUAAUGAUAUUUUGUACCCUACUAUAUCAGGUAGAUUCGGUCAAGUUCAAAUGGCAGUAAAUUUAGCCAGUGUAGUAAACACAGGAAAUAGUACCCCAUCAGUUUCUAGAAAAACAACGUUAGAUAUACAUUCUGAUAUCUCAAAAAGCUCUGAUGUAAACAAUAUAGAUGAUAAAUCCUCAUCGAAAACAGGUUCUCACCAAAUAAUUAUAUCAACAGUUUACGUGUUUGGUGGUUACAGAGAGACAGCAGAAGGAACUUUUGAAGCGCUAGGUGAUUUCUGGAGAAUCGAACUUUCUGUUGAAGCAAGAGGUAAGAGAGGUUACUUAAAGUUUAACGAAUCUGCACAGGCAGUAAGAAUAUAUAAUGAAGAUAAUCUGGAAUGGCCAUCUGCAAGAGCCUUUUCUGCAUCUUCUUAUGUUGACCUGGCAGUGAAUGAAGUAAUAGAUAUGAAGAAACUUGAAAAUGAGUUGUGUGAAACUUUGGAUAACCAACUUAAAUCGAAUAAUAAAAAUGACGCCGCUCCAGUAAGCCUAACAAGACCAAGUUUGAGAUCAAGCAGAUCUUCGCAUAAAAAUUGCAACCGCAAUAACAAUAUUAAUACCGAAUCCCAAAAUGAACAAAGUUCAAGGAUGGAUAACAUUGAUUCAGACAAUAAAUUAUUCAAUCAAUAUUAUAAAAUGCAUAAAGAUAAAUUCAAAAAUAAUAAUGAAUAUUUUGUAGUACAAGGUGGUUCAGAUAAUCAUAAAGUUCUUGGUGACCUUUGGUUUUUCAACACUGUUACUGAACGUUGGAACUGCAAAGAUAUACGAAUUCAACGGAAAAGUGAUCAUAAAUUCAUACCAUUAAACCUACCUUUAGUAGGACAUACUCUAGUGACUGAAGGUGAUAUUGGUAUUAGUAUCGGGGGCUUAUCUCAAGCAGCAGUUGACUACUUAUAUGAUAGAAAUGUCUCUGGAAGGGAUGAGGAUGAAAGGUCUAGUAAUUUAUCCAGAGUGAUAGGGAGCAGCAUGGUUAAUUCUUAUAACCUUAGAAGUGGUAACUUACAAUUACAAAAAGUGGAAAAAGCUAAAUAUCCAGGAUAUGGUGACUAUCAACUAGUUGACAAUAAGAGCGACGGUGUUUCCACUACAGCAUUACAUUUAGGGUGUACCAUUGUUAAAAUACGUGGCAUUUUAUAUAUAAUCGGUGGUGUCGUUUCUGCAAACCGUGAUUACAUGAAUUUACAUAUCAAGGGUGCUAUUGAGUCAAUCAUAACUCCUUCCGUGAAUUUAUUCUCAUAA